AUUACAUUAAACAAUUUUAGUAGGAAACAGGUAAAGUGUGUAUUAGUGUAGAGUGUUUGCUUGAUGCAUAAAUUAAUAAACACAACAAAGCAUUUUGAGCGGGAAAAAAACAUUUCCCCGUUUGAAAAAAAAAAGGUGUGCAGUCAUUGGUUAGCAGUCAUGCGCAGACGUCACACAUCAGCCAAUCAAAAGCCUCUGCACUUUUAUGACGCCAGAAGCUGUGGCUGUAUGAGGCUUUAAAAGCAGGCGCGUAACACAGAGCAGUAUUUUCUACUCGAGCAGAGCAGAGACAGGAACGCAUUUCAACAAUGGCAAGAACCAAGCAGACCGCUCGUAAAUCCACUGGUGGUAAAGCCCCGAGGAAGCAGCUCGCUACUAAAGCCGCCCGGAAGAGCGCCCCAGCCACCGGCGGCGUUAAGAAGCCCCAUCGUUACAGGCCCGGGACCGUGGCUCUCCGAGAGAUCCGCCGCUAUCAGAAGUCCACCGAGCUGCUGAUUCGCAAACUGCCUUUCCAGCGUCUGGUGCGAGAGAUCGCACAGGAUUUCAAGACGGACCUGCGCUUCCAGAGCUCCGCCGUCAUGGCCCUGCAGGAGUCCAGUGAGGCUUAUCUGGUCGGUCUGUUCGAGGACACCAACCUGUGCGCUAUUUUCAAUAUGUCUGGAAGAGGCAAAGGCGGUAAAGGACUCGGGAAAGGAGGCGCUAAGCGUCAUCGUAAAGUGCUGCGUGAUAACAUCCAGGGAAUCACCAAACCCGCCAUUCGUCGUCUCGCUCGCCGCGGCGGAGUAAAGCGCAUUUCCGGUCUGAUCUACGAGGAGACUCGCGGGGUGCUUAAGGUGUUCCUGGAGAACGUGAUCCGCGACGCCGUCACUUACACCGAGCACGCCAAGAGAAAGACCGUCACCGCCAUGGACGUCGUGUACGCGCUCAAACGACAGGGACGCACCUUGUACGGCUUCGGAGGAUAAACGCUGU